AGCGGGAGCCGGCACGACCGACACGACCGGUCCGUGACUCGCGGCGUGGGGACCACGCUGUACAUGUCGCCCGAGCAGCGCGCGUCGCGGCCGUACGACUUCAAGGUGGACGUCUACGCGCUCGGCGUCAUCUUCCUCGAGCUCUGCUGCCCCUUCGGCACCCAGAUGGAGCGGAUCACCGAGCUCACCGCGCUGCAGCGCCGCUGCGUGCCGCGCGCCCUCGCCGCGGCGGCGCCGCAACUCGCGGAGUUUGUCCUCUGGUGCACGGCCACCGACCCGCGCGAGAGGCCGACGGCGGAGGAGGUGCUCACCUCGCCGGUCCUCUCGCCGGUCGGCGCCGUGCUGCGCGUCUCCGCGUACCGCCGCACGAUGCACCAAGUGCUGCCCCGCAUCCAUGAGACAAUCGAGCGGGUGCGGCGCGUGCGCUCCUUCACGGCGGCGGACGGCGGCGGAGGCGGCGGAGGCGAGCGGGGCGAGGGCGGCGGAGGCGAGGAGCUGAUCGUCCUCGACUACGUGCUGGACGACGCGAGCGGCUCGGGCGGCGGGGAGGCCCCCCCGGCCGGGGAGCGGGCCGAGCUCGAGUCUCUGCAGGCCUCGCUCGCCGGCAUGGAGGGCGUCGUGAGCGUGCGGGCGGGCUCGCCGCCGACGGCGCCUCUCGCGGGAGAGGCGUCGCCCGCGGGCCUCACCCCGCUCCAGCUGCCUGCGGGCGGGCCCUCCUCCUCCGCCGAGUGGGGCGCCCCCUUCCGCCUCCCUCCGCCCUCGGACGGCGCCGCGGCCGACGGCGCAACGGCUGCCCCGUCCGCCGCGGCCGCGUCGAAGCGCUUGGGCGGCAGAGGAGGCGGCAGCGUCCUGCAGGCGGCCUCCGCGGCGGGCGGCGGAAAGGAGAGCGAGAGCACCGCGUCGGGUGGCGCGCGACCGUCGCCGUCGCCGCCGCCGGUGCCGUUCCUCGCGGCCGCCCCCGCGGGCUCCAAUCCCCACGCGCGGCUGCGGCGCUCCAGCUCAUUCGGGGGGCCCUAGUGCUGGCCCUCCCCUGUACUCCCGCCCGCCGCCCCCUCUCCUACGCCGCAUGCGUUGCCCACCGCGCACGCCACCGGACUACUCGCGAGCUCCGGGGCAGGGGGCCAGAGCGGUGGCACUCUGUUCUUCUUACAUGAUGGGUAUAGCCA